UCUUCCACUUUUGCGCUUAACUUGAUGGCGUUCGCCAGGCUCGGAAACUUGUCCAGAAAGUCUUGGAACUGAAUUUCUUCAAAAACCCAAUCCUAAUCUCGUUUCUCUUUUCCUACCUCUUCCCUCCCUUUUUUGCUUUUAUUCUGUGAUUAAGCCUUACCAGUAAUUAUCUGCAAGGGAUCAACUGGCUCCUUGUGCUUGUGUUCCUCCGAAUACCUGCAUUCAACCAACCCAUUGUCCUCUUCCCACUUACUCUCUCUCGCUUGGGUAACAGAACAGCUCCAAGCAUACUUCUCUCCCCGCAGCAAUCGACUCGCUCCGUGUCCUUGUGUCCUUGUCUCGCACAAAACUGUAACCCCUCCAGCAACUUGACUCCUCGCCUCCGAUCUUCACCAUGGCUCUCCAGACACAAAAAGACUACGACGCCCUAUACAAGAGGCUCACCACAGUCCCUCCCCCCGGAAAACCCUACGGUAUUCCCGUACCCGGUACAGAACGACCUAACCGCACCGCCGCCUACAGACACUGGGCAGUUGGUGAUGGUCCCCUCGUCACAGCGCUAGAGCCUGGUAUCAAUUCGACACACGACGUCCUUGAGAGGAGUGCGCGCAAGUGGCCCAACUCGAGAUGUCUCGGAACCCGCCAUUGGAACCAGGCGACUCAGCAGUGGGAGGACAAGUACGACUGGAUCAGCUACGGUGAUUUCAACGCCCGAAGGAAGAAUUUCGGUGCCGGUCUCGUUGAGAUUCACAAGGCCAUCAACUAUUCUCCUGAAAAGUACGGUGUCGGUUUGUGGUCGCAGAACAGGGCUGAGUGGCAGAUCGCCGACUUCGGUAUUGCUUCUCAAUCACUUUACUCGGUAUCUCUCUACGAAACUCUUGGUCCCGACACAACAGAAUACAUCAUCAACCAUGCCGAGGUCGCCUGUGUUGUCUGCUCCCUCCCCCACAUCCCUGUUCUUCUUAAGAUGUCUCCCCGGCUACCCGGUUUGAAGCUCAUUGUCUCUCUCGAUCCUCUUGAGCAGGGUGAAUUGGCUUCCCACACCAAGGCCUCCGUCCUCAAUGAGAUUGCUUCUCAUCAUGGCAUCCAGAUCUACUCCAUGGCUCAGGUUGAGGAGAUUGGCGCCAAGUCUGGACGUGCCCCUCGUGCUCCCAGCCGCAAUGACAUCUGCACCAUCAACUACACCUCCGGUACAACUGGCAACCCCAAGGGUGUUCUCAUCACCCACGGAAACGCCGUUUCUGCCAUCGCAGGUGGUCGAACUAAUGGCAAUGUGAGCAGCAAGGACGUUCACCUGUCCUAUCUACCUCUGGCCCACAUCUACGGACGACUCAUCGAUCAGAUCGCCGUUGCUGAGGGCGCUGCCAUUGGUUUCUUCCGAGGUGACAUUCUAGGCUUGGUCGAUGACAUGAAGAUCCUCAAGCCCACUGGUUUCAUCUCAGUUCCUCGACUCUUCAACCGCUUCAACUCUGCCAUUCGCACUGCUACUAUUGAAGCCGAUGGUGUCCGGGGCGCUCUCUCACGACGUGUCAUUGACACCAAGAAGGCCAACAUGCGACUCCCUCCCGGAAAGGCCUCCAACACCCACUUCUUGUACGACCGAAUCUGGACCCCCAAGGUCAAGGCCGCCGUGGGCAUGGACAGAGUCCACAGCAUGGUCAGCGGCAGUGCUCAGCUUGAUCCUGAUGUCCAAGAGUUCCUGCGCGCCGCUUUCGCAAACCACUUCGCACAGGGCUUUGGCAUGACCGAGACGUAUGCCGUCGGAUCUAUCCAGGCACGGGGUGACUUUACCACCGGCAACAUCGGCGGCCCCAUGUGCUGUGUGGAACUCUGCCUCGAGUCAGUUCCCGAGUUUGAUUACACCGUGAAUGACACGCCUAACCCUCGUGGUGAGCUUCUCCUCCGCGGUCCCGUCAUCUUCCGCGAGUACUACAAGAACGCCGAGGAGACCGAGAAGACCCUCGACGCCGAUGGUUGGUUCCACAGUGGUGACAUCUGCGAGGUUGACAAGAUGGGCCGCUUCAAGAUCAUUGAUCGCAAGAAGAACGUUCUCAAGCUUGCUCAGGGUGAGUACAUCUCCCCUGAGCGCAUUGAGAACGUCUACAUGGGUAGCACGAACCUCAUCAACGCCGCCUAUGUUCAUGGUGAUGGUACUCAGUCCUCAUUGGUCGCCAUCUUCGGUAUCGACGUUGAGAACUUUGCCCCUUUCGCUAGCAAGAUUCUCCAGGAGACCAUCGCACCCAACCAGGUCGCCGAUCUCCGCCUCGCCGCUAACGACCCCAAGGUGAAAGCCAAGUUCCUCAAGGUCCUCGACGGCAUUGGCAAGAAGCACAAGUUCAACAGCUUCGAGAAGGUGCGCAAUGCCCAUCUUGAGAUUGAUCCUUUUACCAUCGACAACGGUCUAUUUACCCCUACGCUUAAGCUUAAGCGCCCCCAGGCCGCCAAGGCCUACAGGGAGCAUAUUGACCGCAUGUAUGAGGAGCUUGCUGCCCAGGAGCCUGUUGGAAAGAACAAGCUGUAAAAUAUGUUGUGAUUAUUAGCUCAAAGAUGUGGUUUUUUUUUGGCGUUAGAGCUGCAUUCCAGAUUUUCUAUAUAUGUUGAAGAUGUUGAGCGGCUUGAACUUGUAAAUGAAGAUUACAGUGUAUGUCAAUGCAUAGCUACUUAUUGAUUAAUGCUUCCUUACUUCUUGAAAGAUAUUUUUCCGCCUAAUACUGGACUUUUU